GCCCGCCAGCCAUCCAGCCAGCCUCCACCCGUCUGUCAUUUUAUUUUUGUGUUUUUCAGCGUCACAUCCCCCUGGUCGGAGGAAUGUAGAGACGGAGUGCUUUAAAAAUAGCAUCCUCUCCUGUGACAGGCGCUGCUCCGGAGGCUCCGCAGCACUGUGGUGCGAGAAGCAGGAAUGCGAAGAUGGCUGCAGACCUAGGAGAGCUGCUGGUCCCAUACAUGCCCACCAUCAGAGUCCCCAGAACGGGAGACAGGGUUUUCAAGAGCGAGUGUGCCUUUUCUUUCGACUCUCCCGAGUCUGAGGGAGGCCUGUAUGUGUGUAUGAACACAUUCCUGGGCUUUGGUCGAGAACAUGUGGAGAGACAUUAUCGCAAAACAGGACAGAGCGUUUACAUGCACCUCAAACGGCAUGUCAAAGAGAAAGCCACAGGAGCUGCUGGAGGUGCCAUCCCCAGACGAAGAAAUGGAAAAGUAUUUCUAGAUUUAGAGCUGAACCGUGAUUUUAAUGGGGAGGACUAUGAAUAUGAGGAUGAGGCCAAGCUCGUCAUUUUUCCAGACCACUUCGAGAUCCCCUUACCAAAUAUUGAGGAGUUGCCCGCACUGGUGACCAUUGCCUGUGAUGCAGUACUCAAUGCACCAUCAGCAUACAAGAAACAGGAGCCAGAGUCCUGGGAAGAGGAGAUCCAGGUGUCUAGACAUGCCAGAAGCCUCAGACAGCUGGAUAAUGGGGUCAGGAUCCCACCAAGUGGCUGGAAGUGUCAGAAGUGUGAGAUGAGAGAAAACCUGUGGCUGAACCUGACAGAUGGAGCAGUGCUUUGUGGAAAGUGGUUCUUUGAUGGGAGCGGAGGUAACGGCCAUGCACUGGAACACUACAGAGAGACCAACUACCCUCUGGCUGUCAAACUGGACACCAUCACCCCAGACGGCGCAGAUGUCUAUUCAUUUGAGGAGGAAGAAGCUGUGUUGGACCCCCACAUAUCAGAGCACUUGUCCCACUUUGGAAUAGAUAUGCUACAGAUGCAGAAAAGAACAGAAAAUGGCCACCACACAGACAAUAAUCCCCGGCCGCGAGUCAGCGAAUGGGAAGUGAUCCAGGAGUCAGGCAUGAAGCUGAAGGAGGUCUAUGGUUCUGGUUAUACAGGCAUCAAAAACCUGGGAAACAGCUGCUACAUUAGUACAGUAAUGCAGGUCCUCUUCAGCAUCCCAGACUUCCAGAGGAUGUAUGUGGGUAAUCUUCAGAGGAUAUUUGACUAUUCACCCCUUGACCCCACCCAGGAUUUUGCGACUCAAAUGGCUAAACUGGGACAUGGAUUGCUUUCAGGCCAGUACUCCAAACCACCCAUGAAAUCUGAGCUCAUUGAACAGGUGAUGAAAGAAGAAUACAAGGUAUUAAACUGGCACCAGCAGAAGGGCAUCUCUCCCCGAAUGCUGAAGUCUCUGGUCAGUAGGGGACACCCAGAGUUUUCCUCCAACAGACAACAAGAUGCCCACGAAUUCCUCCUACACAUGGUCAACCUGGUGGAGAGGAACAGCGCGGGCUCAGAGAACCCAAGCGAUGUGUUUCGCUUCCUGGUGGAGGAGCGAGUUCAAUGCUGCCAGACUCGUCGGGUGCGUUACACUCAGCGGGUUGACUACUGCAUCCAGCUGCCUGCUCCCUUUGAGGCUGCCACCAAUCGAGAGGAGCUGCUUGCAUAUGAGGCCAAGUGUAAGGAAGCAGAAGAGAACAUGCGCCCCCCUCCUGAACCAGUGAGAGCGCGGAUCCCUUUCACCGCUUGUCUGCAGGCCUUCACAGAGCCGGAAAAUGUUCCCGACUUCUGGAGCUCGGCACUGCAGGCCAAGUCAGCUGGAGUCAAAACUUCCCGAUUUGCCUCGUUCCCAGAGUAUCUAGUGGUGCAGACUAAGAAAUUCACAUUUGGAGUUGAUUGGGUGCCGAAAAAACUAGACGUGGGCAUUGACGUUCCAGACUUCCUGGAUCUGAGCCGGCUCCGAGCCACAGGGCUGCAGGCAGGUGAAGAAGAGCUGCCGGACCUAAUGCCUCCUAUUGUGUUACCUGAAGACACCAGAGAUAACUCCAUGAGCUCGCUGGACUCUCCAGAAAUAGACGAGGCAGCAGUGAUGCAGCUGGCGGAGAUGGGCUUUCCACUGGAGGCUUGCAGGAAGGCGGUGUACUACACAGGGAACAUGGGCCCUGAGAUGGCCUUCAACUGGAUCAUAGCCCACAUGGAGGAGCCAGACUUUGCAGAACCGCUCACUCUGCCUUCCAUGAUUGAUCCUGGUCCCUCUGCCACUGACAGCCCCAUGGGUGCCACCCCGCUGGGCAACUCACCCCCUGAGGAGAGCAUUGCCAUCCUCACUUCAAUGGGCUUCCCCCGCACUCACAGCAUCCACGCACUCAAAGCCACGAACAAUAAUCUUGAAAGAGCACUCGACUGGAUCUUCACCCACCCAGAGGAGGAGGAGAGUGAUGCCCUUUCAGACAUGGCUGACACAGAGCCCAACGACAACGCGUUCUUCAACGCCAACUCGCACAGCGACUCCACGCUGUCCCCAGACAGAGACACGUCGGGCCCCCGAGUCAAAGACGGACCAGGACGAUAUGAACUCUUUGCCUUCAUCAGCCACAUGGGAGCAUCCACAAUGUCUGGACAUUAUGUUUGUCACAUCAAAAAGGAGGGGAGGUGGGUGAUCUACAACGACCACAAAGUGUGUUUGUCAGAAAGGCCUCCAAAGGACUUGGGGUACAUCUACUUUUACCAUCGACUGUCUAGCAGUUAAACUGAAGCUGCUGCUUGAUGCACCCGGUGUCCUUUAAAUAACCGCAGUCUUUCACCCAGAAGACUGGCAGACAACUGUAACAGCCUCAGUGGGAACGAUGGAAAUAACCUCUCCGACCAGCUGCUUGCCUUAUUGUGAUGUCAUUCAGGAGCAACCAGGAACCCUGGUCAGAAAGGGGAAAGCAAUGUGCUUUUUGUGUUUUGUUAUGCUUUAAAUGUGUAUAUAUAUGUGUGUUUAUGUUCAAAGGAAAAAGAAAUUUCUUUACAGUGUUGAUACAGAGGGAUGUGUGCAAUUUCUUCUUCUGUAGUGCUCUUUACACAAAACAAUGACACAUAUCAAAUCUGUUAUUCCUCCUCCUCUCUGCCUUCAGUUACUGUUCUGGGUUUUUUUUCCAAAGUGGUGCAUUUUAUAAAUGUGUACUUAAAUGGCAGCGCUUCACUGCCAGCCCUGCUCUGAAACUGCAACAACACAAAAGAAAAUACUGUGCUGCUGGUGGCUUUGCAUUCAGUUUUCUGAUGCAAGGAUGUUUUUCAUCCUGAGAAACUGAAAAGACACAAAGACAGCACCUUUCAAUAUUGCAAUCCCAAGUGCUUUACGUAAAACAUAAAACGUAUGAAGCAGAAGCAUAAUUCACUAAGAAUGAAAUGGUUUGGAUUCUUUACAAAGAAAAGUCACUAUGUCAGUUUCAGAGUGAAGGAGAGCACCAGGAAGGGGAUAAACGUAACACUGGCUGAACAGUGGCUUAAAACAGCCUUGGUUAUACUCAGAAAAUAAUGUGUAAGUUUGUCAUUUGUAAUGAAAAACUUUCUACACCCUGAUGCACUGGCUGACCUAUCAAAGACGUGUCAUUUCCUUCCCUGUUGCACUUUUUUUGACUUUUUUUUGUGUACCUGAGUCAAGUGGGGACUGUAUUUGCCUACUACUAAGUCUGAUAUCUAAAGGAGAUUACAUUAUUUUAGUCUGGACAAGCCUGUGCAUAAAGAUGGCUGUAGAGUCAUCACUGUACAUGGAGGUUUUAUAGUAUAGUGUGCAAAUCUGUUUUCAGCGAACAUUUUGUAUACAUUCUUUUUUUUUUUGCCCAAAAUGUAAAAUAUUUGCAAACUCGACAUAACUUUAACUCUGCUGCACCUGGCUCACUUGGGUUAUUUUAUCACUCUGACAGAUUCGGACUGUGACCCAGAAGUUAAAAUGAUUGUUGCCACUUUUUCAGGUCAUGUAAGUCCUCUGAGUUUGAAUGUUUUCCAUGUCAAGAGCAAUAUGCACUAUAACCAAAUCUACUCUUGAACCUGCUGUGCGAUAACAGCUCUACAGUGACCCGUACCUCCUCUGUAAUGUACAAGUACACACGGUACAGUGUUGAAUGUAUACACUGAUGGUGCUCACUGCAAACAAAAACCUCCUUUUCAGCUUUACUACUCAGAAAUGACUGUAAAAGUACAGCUGGCCAUUUGCUAUUUAGUCAUCAUAGCCUCAUGCUGGAUUACCCACCAGCUCUGUACUAUCCUCAUUUAUCUACUCAGUAUAUUCAUAACAUAAGGAUGGAUUAAACAGUAUGCUCUUAUCAGAUGCUUGUGACUGUCAGUAUCCCAAUACUUUGUUUCAUAUCUUCUUUUUAUUCACAGUUGGGUUUCUAAAGUGCAUGAAGCAGAACUUGAAACUGGUUUUGUUUGCUGCAUCUCAAAAAAGGCACUGCAAUGUCACUGUGCGAUGAAACAGUCCGUUGCUCAGUAAUGCACUUCUGGGAGCAUAUUUGAAAGUUAAAUUAAUUGUAAUUUUGAAAUGAAUCUUAAUCUGAAUAAGAGAGCUUUAAAUAAUUUAAACAAAGGGAAGACAUGCCAUUGACAAAUCAGUGUUAAGAGAGUAGAAAGAAAAAGUACAAAAAAAGAAAAAGUUAUGAAUGCGUUCACAUAAACACCAAAUUCAUCAAAUAAAUCCAUAUUUCUGCAAUACUCCCCUUUAACAACACUGUGCCUCGACUUCUCUGAGCAAAUCUUCAGUUAAAUCAGAUCUUAGCCUCUUACAUUUUACUUGAUAAACUGCUGCAGUGUUUCUCGUCUAUGCAUUGGGGAAUACUAAACAUCUCUAUGCAAGUCUUGUGUUUCUGCUCCUUGUCAUCAGUGAAUGGGUGACAAGCUUUUGCCUAAUGAUGGGUAGUUCUAAAUGUUUUCUGUGCAAUUCACUGAACCUCUCAGCGCCUUUUGUUCCUCUCUGGCUUUUUGCCGUCUUUGUAUUUCUGUCCUCUUGUUUCAGCUUUCCCUCCAGCUCGGUCUCCUCCAUUCUUCUCUACGUUGUUGAAACGUAAUGGUUCAAUUUGUCACAAAAAGGCUUUUUCACUGUCAGCAUCUGAAUUAGAGAUUGACAUUUAGUCAUUUGGGUUGUAAUAUUGUACUCUUGUGAGCUUUAUUCUCUCUUUUUCAUUUAACUAAAUGUCAAAAAGGUUCUUCACCUGUUUCUAAUCUUCUGCCUUUUUUUUUUGCAAACAAGUUUGUGCCAGUUCUCUAGUUUUCUUUUCAUAGUUCUCCUGAACUGAUUAUUUUAAGUUGACUUUUGUAAUGUAUGUGUUUAUCCAAAUAUGGCUUAGGCGUAUGUGAAUAGAGUCAUGGCAGUACAGUAUACCCAGUGGCACUGUUUAUGUAUGAUGUUUGGAUAAUUUAAUAA